AUGUCACAAGUUAUUCAAGCUGGUGCUGUUCAUGGCUUAUACACUGCACUCACGAUUAGUACAUAUGUUUUAGAACAAUUACGGAUGAAGAAUUUGCUAGAUAUUCAUACUUCAGCUGCAACUGUGGUUCCAUUGGAUGACCAUCCAAUCCCCUUUUAUGUUCGUCGUGACAGAAACGACAAACAAAGAAAUAUUAAGGUUUUCGGGAAUGACGGUGUACAAUUGUAUACAAUUGAAAGAUUGUCGGCCAUCAAUCCUGUUUGGAAUAUGUUAACAUUUCCUGAAAGACGAGAAGUAGCUACUAUCAAUUCUGGGAUAUUUAGUAGCUCUGUCGAUUUCCAUUCCAAGGCAGGAAUUUCCCACCGUGACAUAAGCGUUGACUUUGGUUUAAGCGGUGGAAAUCGAAGCUUCUAUACCAAUGAUGGUGCAAAAUACGCAUGGAUAAGAGGCUCCAAGUUUUUAGAAAAGGUCAUUAACCCAAAUGGUGGCGUUGAAGAGAUUAGAGAAAGGGUAGCUAAAGUAAAAUUGAUGAGACAAUUCAAGUUUGACUUUGAAGUAUUGAUUGACGAAAACAAGAUUGACAGGGAAAUUGCGUUAGCUACUGCGUUCUCUUCUAUGUUGACUCAAUGGGGUGUCGGAGAAAUUACAGACACCAUUGGACCUACUUUUGUUGAGCCAAAAAAACAACCUGACGCAAGUACUAGUAAGUUUAUUAUUUCCAAGGAUAAUGAUAAUUCGGAGGUUGUUCUUAUGUUUGAUAAUCAUUCAUUUGUCAAAUUGCCUGCUUCAGAUUCUUCUCGUGUUGCUGAACUGGAAUAG